GAGUUACUUCGCCUAUUGUUUAUAUAAUCCGUGAAUGACUUUGUUAUGGUUGUAAUGGGUUUGGUUAAAUUUUUUGUUUAUAUAUUUUUUUAAAUUUAAUAGUUUUAUUGCGAUUUAUUGUAAAAUAUUAUGCAAUAUCUGCCGUUGAAAGAUGGAAUGUGUUGCUGUAAAUACAAGGCGAAGGGCAUUGACACUUUCCAUAGCAGCUUUGCUUGCAGAAGUAGGCUUUGAUUCUGUAGAGAAACCUGCAUUGGAAACAUUAGUGGAAAUGUUUCAAAGCAUGCUGACAGAGAUGGGGAACAGCACCAGGGCGUUCUGCGAGCUGGCCUGCCGGACCGAGCCCGUGGUCGGCGACGUCGCGAUGGCGCUGGUCAACAUGGGCGUCCCGUUGGACGGCCUGGAGGUGUUCGCGUACCGCUCCAACAGGAUACCUCUCCCCACCCCGGCGCCGUCCACCCAGCCCAAGCAGCCGAGCAUCCUCCAGGCGGGGGUGAAGCACCCCCACCCGCCCCACAUACCGAACCACCUGCCGCCGUUCCCGGACCCGCACGCCUACAUACGCACCCCGACGCACAAGCAACCGGUGACGGAGUACGAGGCCAUCAGGGAGAAAGCGGCCAGUCAGAAGAGGGACGUAGAGCGAGCGCUGACACGGUUCAUGGCCAAGACCGGAGACACGCACAGCCUCUUUCUGACCGAGGACAACAACAUGUUUCCCCUGAUCGCUUGCAAGCCCCAGUUCCCGCCGUACCUGAAGGCGCUCCUGCCGCAGGACCAGGUGUUCGACCCGGAGGAGGAGUUCACCUCGACGCCGCAGCGCGCCAGGAAGGCCCGCGAGCUGGAGGGGGACGGCGAGGGGGACGGGGAGGGCAAGGAGGAGGAGGAGGAAGGGGGGAGGGGGGGCGAGGGGGACGCGAUCGACAACCCCUACCUCCGCCCGGUCAAGCUGCCCCGCAGGAAGAAGGCCAAGGCGUGAUGCCGGGAUCUCGUCGCGACGGGAGAGCGUUUUGUGUCGAGAGCGUUGUUGCGAGAGUACGUACAGCUAGCACGUUGUUAUUGGUGGCAUUUCUCAGUUGAUCAUGGGGAAAGGAAGACGUGUGGAUUUUGAAAGGCCUAUGAAAAGCCAGAGUGAAAUAGCAUACAUUUGUAUUUAUAAAAAAAAAUAUUGAUCAGACUUA